UACUGCUGCUGCUAGCUGAGCUCAGCAGGCAGCAGUUGUAUUGUGAUUUGGAAACAGUUAUGUUCAUGUUAUUCAUGGAGUGGGCUGUUGUCACCGCUGGAAGAAUCCUUGGAUAAAAUGGGGCAUUGCAGAUAUUCGUCUCUGUCAUCAUAUGGGACUUCUCAAGGUUCAGUUUCCAUCUCCGAUCUGAGAAGUUAAUUAAAAUAAGAAGAUGACUGCACUCCACUUGUCAUCACCUGCUGUUUUUACAGUGUCACAGAGAGACUGAAGGGGAGAAACGGACUGUCUGGCAGGCAAGAGUCUGAGACAGACAGAGAAAAUAUACAGAGUUUAAGCCAGGAGAAACCAAGAAGAAGAAGGAAUGGCUUUCUUGGACAAUCCAACCAUUAUUUUGGCCCACAUCAGACAGUCUCAUGUGACCAGUGAUGAUACAGGAAUGUGUGAGAUGGUACUAAUUGACCAAGAUGUGGAUCUGGAGAAAUGCCAGCUGGCUUUGGUUCCCGGCAGCAGCUGCGGGUCGACAGGGUCGGGCUCCCUCAUUGAGGGGGGCAGCAGCGUGACGGACAAUCAUGCCUGUGACCUCUCACAGUCCAUGGACAUCACCUCCAGCUGGGACUUUGGCAUCCGCCGGCGCUCCAACACAGGAGGUCAACAAGACAGCCGCAACAAACCCAGGGCUGCUGCCCAAAGACUUGAAAGACUAAGGAAAGAACGGCAGAACCAAAUCAAGUGUAAAAAUAUUCAGUGGAAAGAGAGGACGUCGUCCCAGUCAGCAGAGGAUCUGGGAUCUUUAUUUGAGAAACGGGACUUUAAGGACCGACCGAAGACCACUGGUACCAAAUCCACUCUGUCACUUCGGCUGGAGCAGUGUCCCCAGCAGCUCAACAACCCCUUCAACGAAUACUCCAAAUUUGACGGCAAGGGCCACAUCGGCACAACAGCCACAAAAAAGAUAGACGUCUACCUCUCCAUGCAGAUUGCUCAGGAGAAAGUUCACCCGAUGACGGUGGUGACCAUCGCCAAUGCCCGUGUUCAUGACCUCAUAGGACUCAUCUGCUGGCAGUACACCAGCGAAGGACGGGAACCCAAACUUAAUGAGAAUGUGAAUGCCUACUGCCUACACAUCGCGGAGGAUGAUGGCGAGGUGGACACAGACUUCCCUCCGCUGGACUCCAAUGAACCAAUCCACAAGUUUGGCUUCAGCACUCUGGCUUUGGUGGAGAAAUACUCGUCGCCGGGCCUCGCCUCCAGACAGUCUCUGUUUGUCCGAAUAAAUGCUGCUCAUGGUUUCUCUUUAAUCCCUGUGGACAGUCUGAAGGUAACCAUGAAAGAAAUCCUCCAGAAAGCACUGAAGAAGAGGAAAGGCUCCCAAAAAGGCUCAGGACCUCUGUAUCGUCUGGAAAAACAGACGGAGCCGAACGUCGCUGUUGAUCUGGACUCCACACUGGAGAACCAGAGCACACUGGAGUUUUGUCUGGUCAGAGAAAACAGCUCCAGGGGUGAGGAGAGCUCAGAGGAAGACCCUCCCAUUGAUAUCACCACAGUCCAAGACAUGCUGAGCAGCCACCACUACAAGUCCUUCAAGAUCAGUAUGAUCCACAAGCUGCGCUUCACCACAGACGUCCAGCUAGGCAUUUCAGGAGAGAAAGUGGAGAUUGACCCCGUCACCAAUCAGAAGGCCAGUACCAAGUUCUGGAUCAGGCAGAAACCCAUCUCUAUAGACUCAGACCACCUGUGUGCCUGCGACCUGGUAGAGGAAAGAAGCCCCAGUCAUGCAAUAUUUAAGCUCACAUAUCUGAGCAACCAUGACUACAAGCCUCUGUACUUUGAGUCCGAUGCUGCGACAGUCAAUGAAAUAGUGCUGAAGGUGAACUACAUCCUGGAGUCCAGGGCCAGCACCUCCAGGGCCGACUACUUUGCCCAGAAGCAGCGGAAACUGAGCCGCAGGACCAGCUUCAGUUUCCAGAAGGAUAAGAAGACGGGACAGUAGAUGAACUGUUACUGCUCAGCCACCGGUCGAUCUGUCUGUCUGUCUGCAGACUGAACAGACUGACGGACGAACACACAAGGCCUGACGGUGUCGUACGCAGACGACCUCAGGCAAAGUGGACACUGACGAAGGAAAAGGCAAGUCAGAAGAAAAGGCGACGGUGAAGAAUGGACCAGAAAUAUGUGCGUCUGUGCGUUAAUGUGGAGGUCAGAAACCAGAAAUGAGUCGUCAAGUAAAAAACAGUCACGUUCUUUGUCUGAAAGAGAUGAAAGAAAAGUGAAACUAUUGGUGGGUUGAUAAAGAUGAUGGUUGGUCACGUCCUAGUCAGUUUUUUUGUUCUUUCACUGCCUCUAAAAGCUCUGUCCUCUGUGGAUGGAUUUGUACAGCUUCAAGUUUGCUAUAUAAACCCAAGAACAAGAAUGAAAGCUACAUACUAAAUCUACGCGUCUGUCCUCGCUCUGUAACAGAUUGAAUUAAAAGUCAGAAAAAAAAGUUUUUAUGUACUGUACAGAAACACUUAGAUUCAGAAUGGAAACUAAUGAACGGUCACUUUCAGCUGUAAUGUGAGACAUUUUUCAACUGAUCAAUACCUUCUGCCUCGAAUCCAGUCUUUGAAAGUGAUCUAUUAAAAACAUUUCAGCGAUUUAGGUUUGGAAGGAUGUGAUUUUUAGGAUUUUAAAAACAAAUACAUUACGAUGUGAACAGGACAUGAACAGUUUCAGAGUCUGCUACAGCUAAGGGCGCCUUCACACCUGACUUAUUCAGACUUUUUGGGCAGAACCUCUUUGAGAAUCAUGGACUUGAUCAGAAAGCUGAACCUUGACCUGACAAAAAGAGGUGGUUUUGGUCCAUAUUUAACUCAACGAUGUAUCGUUUACAGCACGGACAGGAUUUUUGGAACAUUCAGACUUCCAGACUCAUUAGAGUGAGUUACAGCAGGACAAAAAAUAACUUCAAGAUUAGGAGACAAAGUUCUCAGUACAAAUAUAAGCACAAUCCACUCAGUGGAGACACACCUGAUGACAUUGAACUACGAAGUAAAUACGCUCUUUAUUCCUAUAGAGGUACAGUUAUAUAUAA